CUCAAAAACAAACUCCACUGAUGACGUGUCGAGCAACAUGGCAGCGCCUAUGAUGGAGCACAACAACCACAGUAACAUGGUUCUUUCUGAUCUGAAACUAGUAGACAGCACUAAAUCUGACUCUCCUUCAGAAGAUGGAAACCCUGAAGACGAUAUAGUUGCUCUUGUGCAGAAGGAGAUCGGUGGAGAUCUGAAGUCGCUAAAGAAGGUGUCUGGGCUUUUGGAGAAACUGACAUUAGAGAACAAGCAGCUAGAAGAGCAGGUGCAGACAGUGUCGUCUUCGGGGCCGCUGCGUGUGUCUGCAGCUCUGCGUGCAGCAGAGGAGUCUCAGAAGAAGCUGGAGUCUCUACUGGAGAACGAGAGGCUGUUGUCUAACAAACUGCAGCAGCAUCUGCAGGGUGCACAGGUCUGGACUGACAGCAUCGGGCAGGUCCUGGGGCAGCUGGACACAUUAGAGAAACAUAUGAAGUACCUGCAAUGCCUGGCACGUAUUGAAGAGCUCAGUGACAGUAUCCAGCAGUAUCUGAUGACCAAUAGUGUGUGGGAUGCGGUCAGAGCCAUUGACAGUAUGGCGUCUCUGGAUAUGGAUUUGAGGGAGUCAGGCUGUCUCCACCUGCAGGCUUUCCUCAGAGAGACACUUCGGUUUUGGCACAAGAUCCUUAAAGACAAACUGACCAGUGAUUUCGAGGAAGUCCUGACGCAGUUACACUGGCCGUUCAUCUCAGCCCCGACACAGACUCUCUCUCCUCCAGCAAACGCACAGGAGCUCAACAGCCAGCUGGAGCUGCUCGUCUCCCAGCUUCUGUCUCUACAGACCUCUGAUGACCUUAUAUCAGAGAAUAAAGAAACAUCAUCUCGUCCUGGACAGUCCCAGACUCCUCCACUCUCGCUGCCCAUUCAGAUCAUGCUGCUUCCCCUUAGCAAAAGGUUCAGGUAUCACUUCACCGGAAACCGUCAGACCAACAGCUUAAGCAAGCCAGAGUGGUAUUUGACUCAGAUCCUCAUUUGGAUGGGAAACAACUCCAACUUUAUGGAUGAGAAGGUUCAGCCUAUAUUGGAUCGUGCUGGAGGCAAUGUUAACGCAAGGGUGGAGCUCUGCAGAGGUCUGCUCACUCUGGCGCAGGAAAAGCUUGCCCACGAUGCUCCUCGAUUGCUCUACGAUGACGCUCUCUUCUGCCAUCUAGUGGACGAGGUGUUGCAGUUUGAAAAAGAGUUGCGCAGCACCCACAGUUACCCGCGUGCUUACCCCGGUGUCCUCCACAUAUUGCUAGAGGAGAGCGUGUUUCAAAAGUGGCUCAGUGUGGAGAGAAAGAUGGCUGUUGAGAAAGUGGACGCCAUGCUGUCUGCAGAAGGAGCCUGGAGCUCUCAAUAUAAAGACAUUACUGAUAUGGAUGAGCUCAAAGCACCAGACUGUGCAGAGACCUUCAUGACCCUUCUACUGGUCAUCACAGAACGAUACCGCUCUCUGCCAUGUCAGCGGGCUCAGCUCAGUUUCCUGGCAUUGCAGAAGGAGCUGGUGGAUGAUUUUCGUAUCCGCCUCACGCAGGUCAUGAAAGAAGAGUCCCGACAGCCACUGAGCUCCCGUUACUCCGCCAUCCUCAACGCUGCCAACUACAUCUCCACUGUUCUCAGUGACUGGGGUGACAAUGUUUUCUUCUUGCAGUUGCAGCAGGCUGCAGUUUCAGUGGGCGAGGAAAUCCUGGGCCCUUUAGGGGCCACAGAGAGCGGCAGACUGGCCUCUCUGGAGGGAUCUUUGUUUGAGGAACUGUUGGCUCUGUUGGAGAGGCUGCGAGGAGACAUGCUGGGCCGAUUACUAGACGCAGUCAUGAGAGACGUCAAGGAGAAGGCACAGCCAUACUGCAAAGACAGAUGGAUCUCCUUGCCAUCGCAAAGCGACCAGGCCACUAUGUCGUUAUCCAGUUCUGCAUGUCCCAUGAUGCUUUGCCUGCGGGAUCACCUGCUCCAACUGCAGCAGAUGUUGUGUCUUCCUCUAUUUCAGAUGUUUUGGCAGGGCCUCGCUGAGAGACUCGACUGCUUCAUCUAUGAGGAUCUCAUCCUUUAUAACCAUUUCAAUGAAGGCGGCGCUGCACAGCUUCAAUACGACAUGACCAGAAACCUUUUUCCUCUGUUUGGACACUACUGCAAGAGACCAGAAAACUUCUUCAAACAUGUGAAGGAGGCCUGCAUCAUCUUGACUCUAAAAGUGGGUCCGGCGCUGUUGCUAUUAGACGUUUUGAAACAGUCAGAAGAAGAUAGUCUUCCCAACCAUCAACAGUCCAGUCCAGAAUCUGCACUCAAUGAGCUGGGAAUCUACAAACUGGCCCCGAGUGACGUGCAGAUCCUCCUGAACCUCCGCUCAGCCUGGCUCAAUCAAUCAUAACUUGCAUCAAUCCCAUAAUCACACAACACAGAAUUAUAGACGCUUUACCCAGCACUAAAACACAUCUCAUGUGACUGAAUAAAAUAUCCUACGUCCA